CAAAAGAGGGAGGAAGUUUGUGAGUGAUCGAUUUUACACCGGCCUCCUAAACUUUUCAACGGCAUUUUUCUUUGUUUGCCCUUACGCGUGUGGACAAUAUUUAUACAACAUCCGCGAGCCCGUGUCCAGUGGUCGAAAUGGCGAACACGUUUCGCGGUGUGACGGUGUCGGCCGUCAACAACGAAGGCGCUUUGACGCCCCGCUUCAAUUUUCCUACAAACGUAAACGUGGAUUACGAUCCACAAGGGUUGAGUGUAAAAGUGAUCCGUGCUGACCCUGUGCUAGCACAAGAGGUGCUCGAGUUCCCCGUCCACAGCCAGAGCGAGUGUUCCCGCGUAGCCGGCCAGUCGUAUAUCUUCACGAUUGACAAUGAGACUUUAUUCUUCAAGUUUGCGUCGGAUGCCGAUUGUCAAAACUUCCACCUGCUCGUCAGCAAAAUCAAGGCGGGCAGGUCGUCGUCGGUGUUCACAGUGCGCACCGAGGACUCGUCAGCGAUGCAAUACUUUCAGUUCUAUGGGUACCUGAGUCAGCAGCAAAACAUGAUGCAGGACUAUGUGAGGACUAGUACGUAUCAGCGCGCUAUCUUAUCCAAUAUCAAUGACUUUAAGAACAAAGUGGUGCUAGAUGUGGGUGCGGGGUCAGGUAUUUUGUCAUUUUUUGCCGCCCAAGCAGGCGCGCGGAAGGUUUACGCAGUAGAAGCGAGUAAUAUGGCGCACCACGCUCAGGCUUUAGUUCGCGCCAACGGUCUCCACGACCGCAUCACAGUAGUAGCGGGGAAAAUCGAAGAAAUUGAGCUCCCUGAAAGCGUUGACAUUAUCAUAUCCGAACCCAUGGGCUACAUGUUGUACAACGAGCGUAUGCUAGAAACAUACCUGCAUGCAAAGAAAUGGCUGAAACCCAACGGUAAUAUGUAUCCCACCCGAGGUGACCUCCACAUAGCACCCUUCACAGAUGAUGCAUUAUUCAUGGAACAAUAUAACAAAGCCAAUUUCUGGUAUCAAACCUGCUUCCAUGGUGUUGAUCUAAGUGCACUCCGUACCGCUGCAAUGAAAGAAUACUUUAGACAGCCAAUAGUAGACACAUUUGAUGUACGUAUUUGCAUGGCACGGUCCGUGAGACACGUGGUAGACUUUCUCAAUGCCCAUGAAACCGAUUUACAUCGCAUCGAAGUGCCGUUUAGAUUUGAGCUGACGCAGUCGGGCACUUGCCACGGCUUGGCGUUCUGGUUCGACGUGUUGUUCGCGGGCACCACGCAGCACAUAUGGCUAUCGACGGCGCCGACGGAGCCCCUCACUCAUUGGUACCAAGUGCGUUGUUUGUUAGAAACGCCGAUUUUUGCUAAACAAGGACAGGUGUUAACAGGCCGUGUGCUGUUAUUGGCUAACAAGAGACAGAGCUAUGAUGUGACGAUGGAGAUUAACUUGGAGGGGACGAAUAUUUCGUCGUCCAACACGUUGGAUCUGAAGAACCCGUACUUUAGAUAUACCGGCGCGCCCGCUGCGCCGCCUCCAGGCGUGAACAAUACAUCGCCGAGUGAAUCUUACUGGAACUCCAUCGAGUCAACCGCCACUUUGAGCAACGGGCAGGGAGUAAUUCUCGCGGACGGCACACAGCAGUACUGCUCGACGCCCGACCAGACGAUCGCGUACGGAGCCCCCAACAUGAUCAAAACUGUGAUGCUCCAGGAGGAGUUCAUCAAGCGGAUCGGGAUCAGCCAAAAUGGCGACAUUUAAUCGUCAAGGUCGCGCCGAGCGCGCCUUAGGGCUAUAAGAAACCGUCGUAAUCGGUUGUGAGCACUCUUCCGUUCAGACUUUGCUAGUGUGUAAGCAGACUUAUUUAUUUCAAAACAAACAUCACAGUGAAGAGGACUAUGCAUAUUUAAUAGGAACUUCGCAUCUGGCCUUGUAAAUUAAAGCAAAGUGAAAAGGCAUGAAAUAAUAAAACUGUAAGUUUUGGUGGAUGUUUGGUUUUCGAAGUUCGAAUGAUGCUUAUUAGUGUAAUUUGGAUUGUGUAACUUGUUUGGACGAGCUAGGGUUAAAGUUAACCUUGACACAGCUCUGCGGCAACCCAAUAAAGAUCAUCACAACUCAAUUGCACGUCCUGUGGUCGUCAAAACAAGCCGUAAUACACUGCUUUAAUUAUAGAAAUUCAAUGUAAAUAUUGUGGUGAACAGAAUCAGCAUCAAACCUGGCCAGAAAGAGUGUGGUCUUCAUUGGUUGUAUUCUCUUGCAGAAAUGUCUACUACCGAACUAGUUUUGGUAAUAAUUAACAAGUUUUCAUCACAGCCAUGACUUGGACUCGAGCUGUGGCAGCUCUGGGCUAGAAUAAGUAAUUUAGCAAGUGAAGUACACUUAGGAUAAGCAAUAAGUGCUGAUUUUAAUGAUAAUGCUUACCAUUGUCAAUACUCAUUUAUCAUAUUAGACCAGGCUCAAUCAUAGUUAGGUAGAGGAAUCGUUGACACCAACCAGUUAUAAAUUGCCAGUGGUUUUACGGAUCUAAAUGUGAUUUUUGACGAUUGAUUCCUUUGUCUGCCAGUCUUUCAAGAGAUUGUGGAUUACAUCCGGAAUAAAUUUGAUAGUUAAAUAUUUUUAUACAAUAUGACUAGCCAUAUGUGUUAUGUAUGUUACAUUCUGUAAAUAUAGGAUUAAUAUCCCUUAUUUCUUACAGUUGAUCAGUAUUGGUUUUGUGUUCUGUUGUCUAGAAUGGUCUAGCAGAUGUCUUAGUUGUAGAAUAUAAAAGAGGAUAUAGCACCACUUUUGAGAUCUUGAAGCAAUUGAUAUUUUUCCUAAACUGAAAAAUAGUGGUGGUGUAUCUUUGAAAUUACUUAAUUAUACUGCUACUUAAACACUUUGUUGAAAUAUUUUUUUGAGUCUUAACGUCUCGAUGUAAACCCCAGUUUCAGCAGUCCUAUAUUACAUUAUAAAGUAUGAAUAUAUUUGGUGCUCUAUCUUUUUGCACAAAAAUAGUUUUUGCAUAACAUACUACCUCAUGAUUUGGCAGACAAUUUGGGACUUUAUGACAUAGCUCUUAAAACUUUGUAUUGACUAUCCUUUAUUAGGGUUGCCAAUUUUAAAAUUAACACAGCAACAUCUACUUCCAGUGUCACUGUCAUAUCAAUAAGGAUUUGAAAAGGAAUAUGAUUGCACUUAUGACAAUUUUAGAAAGUUAAGUUACAUAGGGGGAUAGUUGUAGAGGUAAUUUUAAUUUUUAGAACCUUUAGAUGGUAUUUGGCAACCCUAUUGAGUAUUCCUUGUAGUUUAAAGCCAAUAUCACUUGCCAUUAUGGUCUAAUUAAGAUAUUAACACUUGUAAUGCGGUGACUUUAGUAAGGAAUGGUCAAGAAGGCAAAUAAUAAAUUUCAGUCUUCACUCGAUCCAUUUCCAAAGACUGUAAUACCUUUUGGGUUAUUAUUCCUCAACGUUUCAUCAAAUAGAAAGCAAUAUUUAGAUUGUAAUGUAGAAAAGGUAGAAUGUAAGGCGCAAGUGUCGCAACAUUAUGGAUGUUGCUUGUUACAAAAAUGUGCUGUGAAAAGCUAGAGCCGGUGUUGCCAGCGUAUGUUUUGUACUAAUUAUGUAUUUUUUUUAAUUGAGCAAAUAAUUUUGUCAGUUGAUUGUAAUAGUUAUGUAUGUAUAUUUGUUUAUUUUCUAUUUGAUGUAAACAAGAAGCUGAAGAAAUUGACAAUUAAAUCUGAUCGAAUCCAUUCAAUCGUGAAACUGAUUGUGUAAAUAAGAACAAUAUUUGUAAAACAGUUGGUUUUUUUUUGUUCAAGUAUCAAAGAGCAUUAUGGUUGUGUAUUUAGGAGAAUUGAUUGAAUCAUGGUGAUUACUUACUUAUGCUGACUAUACUUUUUGACUGAUUUCACGGCUAAAAACUAGACAUUAAGGUGUAUUCACAUGACACGCGGGCUUGACUCGUACGUCGACGACGAGGCAAUGUAGAUACACUUUAAUUUAUCUUUAUGUGGGUGUAACACAGACCAGAGAUGUAUAAAUAGAUUUGGCAGCUCUGUAUAAUAACUGAUUUACGAAAAUAUCAGAAGAGUCUGAUCUCUGUAUUUUUCAGUGUACAAAAGUUCAGUAUAACUUCCCUUAAUUAUUCAGUAUCUACCUGGAAUUCUGGAACUUUAAUAUUUUCAACCACAUUAUGCAGAAAAUAGUCUAGAUCCAAAGUUUCAGAGUGAAAUAAAUAAGUGUGAUUAAAAAAAUUUCACAAAAUGAGGUGUUAAUUGAAAAUUCAAAACAAGCUUAGAUCAAUGUGUACUUAUAAUUUUUGGUGCGAAAAUUGAACUUAUCUUUAUGAAAUCGGUUAAAAAGUGUACAGCUUUUUGAAAUCAUGCAGUACUAUUUUUAAUAUUGACGUAAUAAUAUUGCAUGCACGAGCUUUAUUUGGGGGAAGAUUUUGCCAAAUCAUUCUGCCUGCACACGCAAACUAUUUUCUGUCUCUUUCCAUUUAAUAAGGCGAGAAAGAGACGGAUUAUACUUAAUAUUUUUGUAAAAUAAGUUAAUAACAAUUUCAUAAUAAUGUGAAUGCUUACUGUGACUUGUAUGUUUGUGACUGGGACAUAGUAUAUCCAAAUAAUUUUGUCUGACCAACUUAUUGAACUACAGUUUGUUAGUGUGAUGAAUGAAACAGAUGACAAUCUAUGUCUCAAGCGAUUGUGUCGCCAUCUUCGGCAAAUUUGAAACAUUGUCGUCUCUUUCUUUUAUGUUCCGAGCACGACUAUAUAAUGCUGUCAAUUUGUUAAAUAUGACUGAAUAUAUAAUUAAUUAGGACAGUCGUAUAUUUGUAACCCUGUAAAUAUUGUCGCGGAAUGGUUUCGCAAAAUAUCCCCGCGAACACUGUAGUUUGAAAUGUUACUGCAUUUUUGUAACAUAGUUCUGUAAGUGACGAACAUGAAGGUAGAACAAUUUAUUUUGUUUGUCAGCCGUUUAGGAAAUUAUUUUUGAAAUGUGAUCAGUACUGGAGUUUGUAUUGGAGGGUUAUCGCGAUGUUUUCAAUAGAGAAUUGUUUUGAAAUUUCUAUAUUUCAACUGUGAAACAGUUCGGUUUCAUUUAUCCAUAAACACAUUUCAAUAUCUCUUUCUUACGUUAGUAAAUGAAACAGGACAAAAUACCCCUCAAAUAACUCGUUGAUGUUCCAUAUUGCCAUGUAAUAAAUGUGACUUGGCGGAAUUUGGCGAGGCCAAAUCGUAGACCGAAAUAUUAUUCACCGUUAUAACAUCAAAUAAUUCAGUCACAUAUUUCAUUUGAAUGACCAAUUUGCUAAGAAAACGUAAAAUUGAGAUCAAACGUGAACUAGAUCGUAUUCCGAAAUAUUGGUUGCGUUUCAAGUCAUAUUUGGGGGUAGGUUAUACAGCCUUUAGGUCCGUUUCCAGUACCAAGACUGAGCGGAGCGAUGAGUGAUUCGUAUAAACAAUUUCAUUAUUCAAAAAAUUGAUUGGUUAUUCACAACACCUCCGCUCCGCCAUGGAAACCAGGCCUUAGUCUUAGUUAUGUCCCUUUCCAUUCAAUAACGUAGGAAAGAGAGAUCCGAUACCUUAACGAUAGCCCUGCAUUGUAUGCAGAUCUUGCAUGCGGACUAUUAACUAGUGCAGUAUUACACAGUUAAUGUUAUUUCAAAACGUGCACGUCCAUUAUUGUUUGUUUUGUACAGCAUCAAUUGAAUGAACUAUUGUACGCAUCUAUCUUUAUUACGACGAUUAUAUGAAAAGAGUUUGGACGGCAAUUUUCGGUAAUUAUAUCAAGUAAUUCUAAUCAUA